AUCAAAAAGUAAUGGCCAUCUAUUUAGGGUCUGGCCAGGGGAUUUCUCGUCUAUCAUAGCUAUUCUAUAGAAUUCACCGUUUGUAGAGCGAACAAGGUAAAUAUCGUAACCAGUAUUACUAGCCGUAUUCGUUAAUUGCAGUCGCGUUCGGUCUGAAUAUAGUUGAUAUAUCGCCUGAACUUGAUACACCAAUUUAGGGUUAACCAGCCAUCUAGCCACGCUAGCUAUCAGUAUCAGCUCGCCAGCCAACAUUUAGAACCUUCCUUGGGCGUGAUAGUUUGGACGUUUCGAGUCGAUCACAUGCGGAUAUUUGUAUAACGCAGUUAUUACACAGUAUCUCAUACCACAAGUCAACAUGGGAAUGAAUUUUUUUUCAAGAGAUUGACGACGACAAACGGAUUAAGGGCAACUUGGUAUUGGAAAAAGUUGUACGCAGGAUUAAAGAUAUCUUUAUGGUUAAGAAGAGAGUUGCCAAGUCUUUAUCACCCAUCAACAAACAAGGGCAUGCCAAAAUCUCAGUAAUGGAGACUACGGCUGUGAGUACCACCACUCUGGCCAAUGAUGAGUUUGACAGGAACGUGCCGCGGAUCUGCGGUGUGUGCGGGGACAAGGCCUCCGGAUUCCACUUCAAUGCCAUGACCUGCGAGGGCUGCAAGGGCUUCUUCAGACGCAGUAUGAAGCGCAAGGCCAGCUUCACCUGUCCCUUCAACGGCAGUUGCACCAUAACCAAGGACAACCGCCGCCACUGCCAGGCCUGCCGGCUCAAGCGCUGCGUGGACAUCGGCAUGAUGAAGGAGUUCAUUCUGACAGACGAGGAGGUGCAGAGGAAGAAGGAUCUGAUCCAACGGAGGAAGGAUGAGGAGGCGCAGAGGGAGGCGCAGCGACCCCGGCUGAGCGAGGAGCAGAGCCAGGUCAUCGCCACGCUGGUGGAUGCUCACCACAAGACCUACGACGACUCCUACUCCGACUUCAACCGCUUCAGGCCUCCGGUCCGAGAAGGCCCAGUGACACGCAGUGCCAGCAGAGCUGCCUCUCUCCACUCUCUAUCUGAUGCCUCAUCUGACUCCUUCAGCCACUCUCCAGAGUCGGUGGACACUAAGCUGAUGAACUUCAGUAACCUACUGAUGAUGUACCAGGAGCAGGGGGGCAGCCCGGACUCCGACGACGACGGCUCCAAGCUCUCCAUGCUGCCCCACCUGGCCGACCUGGUCAGCUACAGCAUCCAAAAGGUCAUCGGCUUCGCCAAGAUGAUCCCUGGCUUCAGGGAGCUGACGGCUGAGGACCAGAUUGCCUUGCUCAAGUCGAGUGCCAUCGAGGUGAUAAUGCUGCGCUCCAACCAGUCCUUCAACCUGGAGGACAUGUCCUGGAGCUGCGGAGGGCCCGACUUCAAGUACUGCGUCAACGACGUCACUAAAGCGGGCCACACUCUGGAGCUGCUGGAGCCUCUGGUCAAAUUCCAGGUUGGCCUGAAAAAACUCAACCUCCACGAGGAGGAACACGUGCUGCUCAUGGCCAUCUGCCUACUCUCCCCAGACCGUCCGGGCGUGCAGGACCACGGGCGCAUCGAGACCCUGCAGGACCGUCUGUCGGAGACGCUGCAGGCCUACAUCCAGCUGCACCACCCGGGCGGCCGCCUCGUGUACGCCAAGAUGAUCCAGAAGCUGGCGGACCUGCGCAGCCUCAACGAGGAGCACUCCAAGCAGUACCGCUCGCUGUCCUUCCAGCCCGAGCACAGCAUGCAGCUGACCCCGCUGGUGCUGGAGGUGUUCGGCAGCGAGGUCUCCUAAAUUAACACUUUUUGGUGACCUUUGAUGGAGGUGGAUGAGGUGGACGAAAGGUCAUAGGAGAGGUGGGAGGAGAGUACGAGGUGGGAGCUAUAGGAAUGUGGUUAGACGGACUGUGGAUGGUGUGAAUGUAAGUGUGUGAGUGAAGGUGCGCGUGUGUGUU